AUGUAUGCAAACUCGACGGCAAGCAGCCAGAUGCGCAGGACGAGCUCCGUAAUGCACAGCAAUGCUGAACGGCCUCUUACACGGACGCAAAGCUGGCAUGGCAAUCGCUUGGAAAGAGGUUCGUCGCUGCAAUCUGAAUUGCUGCAAUUUUACGCUUCUCAGCAGCUGCCUCGGUCAAGCUCAGAAUUCUUGCAAGAGCUCCAGGUGGCCGCCAUGAGCAGCCAAUCUGGAACGCGCCAGAACCAGAGCCGGAGGCAGAGUCAUAGCCACAGCUACCACCAAGAACGGCGAGCUUCCACCAUUGCGGGCGCCUCACUUGCGAGAACAACCUCGGACCUGUCAAUCUACGCUCCAGUACGUCGGCGAUCUGUUAUUCAGACGCCUGGCGUCGCUACGCGGCCAAGGCGAGAAGAUGGGCUCUCGAUUCCAGAUAGGUCAAGUUCUCGGAAGAGCCAGCCAGUUUUUGGAGAUGGUCAAUAUUCAUUCAACUCUAGCACUAGAGCGCCGAGGCACCUUUCCAUGCCCCCCAUGUCCAUACCUCCUAUGUCGGUAGGAUUUGCGCCACUGGAGCGGGCUGUCACUCCGUGCGAGUCGGAUUAUAAGCAGCUCGGGGGUAUUAAAUUUGGUUCCUUGAAGAUUAUGAACGGAACUCCCCCUUCAAGCCCACCAGACAAAGUCAACCAGCAGCAAAUUGCAUCAAGCACCGAGCCGCCGCCUGAGGAUUCAGGACUUGAACUGAACAUGGCGCGCCGCAAAAAUCAACACAUCGUCAUUGGCUCAGGAGCGGAGUCUCGAGCUUUGGCCUCCAUCUCCGGUUUCAACUUGAACGAAAGGGGCCCCCAACCGUCAAGCCAGAAAGCAAAGCCGUCUGUGGAUGACUUGAUGCCCAGUCCGCUGUCAAAAGUCCCCAGUCCUCUCUUGGGCUAUUCCGACGCUGAAGAUAACGAAGGAGGCUCUGGUGGCAAGGCUAUCGGGGUUUGGAGAUCCAACAGUGACUUCAGUUCGACGGCGUCAUCUGUAUCUUCGCACCGGGCAUCUUCUAAAGCGGAUAGUGGCUACAGCUCCAAUGCCUCGGAACGCUCAUUCCCGAGCUCGAAAAGUAUCGAUGACAACAGCUAUAUUCGCCAGAACCAAACACGACGACCAACUUUGGAACAGCUGACAAUGUCACACAUGAUUACUGUUGAUGGAAUUGAUAAACACAGCAGGCUAUAUAAGCCUUUUGUCCGCUUAGAACGGGAAAGAGAGAGAAACACUGUCCUAGUAAAUGGCACGGCGAAAGAAGCCGUCGAAUCUGUUUCCCUCUUUACAAAGUCGAGAACAAAACGCCAUGAAAAACACAAUAACCCAGCCUUGGCAUCUCGUUCAGCUUCGCGCAAGAUGGACGCCAGCAGCGCAACCCUCAACACCAUCAUGAGCGUUGACAACCUGGUUUCCCCUGAAAACACUGCGCAUGUUCACAGCGUCAUCGAAGCGGGUACUGAUUCGGAUGGGUCUAAAUUGCUGAAAAAGCGCCGUUCGCUUCGACAAGUUGCUGAAGCCGCGACAUCAAGAAUGAGCUUGACCCGUAGGAAGUCUGCUGCAGGGAACAUUGGUUCUGCGAGCAAGGUCGACACGGAAAAGAGAAAACGGGCCAUUUCCCUCGUAAACUCUGCGACGGCGAGUAACAACAGCUUACACGCUCACUCAGCGUCAGCGACUACCCAUUCAUCUGAUCAGCAGGCGAGAAGAUCUUCUCUUAAAGACCGAUCAUCAGCACCAGAACUACGGGUUACGAUACCGGACAAUAAGGCUCUCAACAAGGGCACAGGAAACCGCGCUUCCUACUCAACCAUUGGGACACCGUCACCAAGGACUCCACGACCCCGUGGCAUCAUGGACUCUGGUGUUCCACCACCCAUCCCGCCACAAUUCAGAGAGCCGGGUUUUGGCUCGUCUCCAAACAGCUCAUCUGGCUGGCCGCUUGCUCAACCUCAUCGUUCCUGGAAUGGAGCCCAGGCACAGCGAAGGAAAGCUGAAGAGGUGCAAGCCGUCCGGCGCAGCGGGCAUGGUUUGCUGGAUAGUCCCAUUUCUCCGAGACAUAAUCAGCCUACGCGCGGCAUUCCCCCGACAUAUAGGGGAGUUCGAAUCUAA